AUGCAUGGACGAGUAAAAGAUCCCAAGCGACUGGAAAAUGGCUUAGAUGGGUCAUAUUCAAACGGAAAUCGUCACUCCACAAAAGAUUUUAGAUCAGUGAGUCUGACCAGCAUAGUUUGUAAAGUACUAGAGGCCACUGUAAGAGAUGCCAUGAUGGAACAUCUACUAAACAACCUGCUAAAGGACUGCCAACACGGUUUUAUGCCGAGUCGCUCCUGCUUGACGCAAUUACUUAAGGUGCUGGAUGUGUGGACUCAGAUCCUGGAGCGUGGUGGCAUUAUCGACAAUAUAUAUCUGGACUUUGUCAAGGCUGUCGACAGCAUCCCCAUGAAAGGUUGA